AUGGUAACGGGGGAGCGCUACGCCGGGGACUGGCGGGGGGGGCCCACGCGUAAAUAGCCGAGGCUGGAUCGGGCGCUGACAAGCCCCUUCUCUGCCGCGGAUGGUCUGGGUGGAGAGAGGAUGUUGAAACAGGGGCAGGAGACUGCCUGUGAGAGAGGGAUGAUCUCAAGGAGAAGAGACCUGGCACAGGAAACCAAAAGGAGGCAACUGUAGGGAAUGAAAUUUAAGGGUCUGGGAAAGCGCUGUAAAAGGAGAGAGGACCUGGAGAUCCGCUUUAUCCUCAUCCAGAACCGGGCAGGCAAGACGCGCCUGGCCAAGUGGUAUAUGCAGUUUGAUGAUGAUGAGAAACAGAAGCUGAUCGAGGAGGUGCAUGCCGUGGUCACCGUCCGAGACGCCAAACACACCAACUUUGUGGAGUUCCGGAACUUUAAGAUCAUUUACCGCCGCUAUGCUGGCCUCUACUUCUGCAUCUGUGUGGACGUCAAUGACAACAACCUGGCUUACCUGGAGGCCAUUCACAACUUCGUGGAGGUCUUAAACGAAUAUUUCCACAACGUCUGUGAACUGGACCUGGUGUUCAACUUCUACAAGGUUUACACGGUUGUGGAUGAGAUGUUCCUGGCUGGCGAAAUCCGAGAGACCAGCCAGACGAAGGUGCUGAAACAGCUGCUGAUGCUACAGUCCCUGGAGUGAGGGCAGGCGAGCCCCGCCCCGGCCCCGGCCCCGGCCCCUCCUGGACUCGCCUGCUCGCUUCCCCUUCCCAGGCCCAUGGCCAACCCAGCAGUCCCUCCCUCAGUCACCCAGGAGGAAGGGACCCAGCUGGGUCUGGGCCACAAGGGAGGAGACUGCACCCCACUGCCUCUGGGCCCUGGCUGUGGGCGGAGGCCACCGUGUGUGUCCCGAGUAACCGUGCCGUUGUGUGAUGCCGUGAGCGUGUGUGCGUGGAGCCCCCAAUAAACCUGUGGUCCUGCCUGGC